AUGGACGAAACCCUCGCCACGCAGCUCCUCGCCUCGCUCCUCCCCGCCGACGUCGUCGCCCUCAUCGACACGCACAUCCUCUCGCCGCAAUCGCCCGUCCAGGCCGUCAAGCGCACCGCCCUCGCGCAGGCCCGCCGCAGCGCCAGCCUCGUCCUGCCGCUGCUCCAACCGCUCAUCGACCGCGCGCUGGCCCUCCUCGCCGAGCACCAGGGCGCGCUGGACAUGCUGGUGCCGCUGGCGGUGCUGCUGGCGACGCUCGUGGUGCUCAACUGGGUGCGCCGCAUCAUCCUGUGGUGGACGCGCCUGGCCUUCCGCGCCGUCUUCUGGGCGGCCUUUGCGGCGCUGGCGGCGUGGGUGGUGAACCGCGGCGUGCUGGUCAGCGCCAGGGACGCGGCCGUGCUGGGGGCCAAGAUUGUCGGCUACAUGGCCGUGCUCAAGGACGUCUGGCUGGACGAGUAUAAGCGGUAUGAAGGCCAGGAGGCGAGUGGGCGGUGGGACGAGUAUGCGGCGCGGAGGAGCAGUAGCAGCAGGGCGUUUAAUGCGCAGGCGAGGUGA